AUGAGCUCUACGACGGAAGAUUCAGAUUGGAAUAUGUCUCCAAAAUCAAGGCGUCCGCACAGUCUUUCUAACACAGAUACCGUACGUCCAACAUCACAGCCAGUAAUCCCUCGCCAGUCUCCCACGUCCCAAGUUGACAGCUCCGCCCUCUCUACGCCUCGCGCCGGAAGCUUUGCUUCAACAGCUACGCAGAUAGAAAAACAGCUAGAAAGUCAAUUAUCUCAAGCCGUAGCAACUACGUUCCCGUCCGCCCACGCCCAACCUGCAGUAACUCCAAGUUCUGCCAUACUUCCAAAUCCUGCUCUUACAAUUCCUAAUGCGGAUGGCUCCAUCUUGAUCAAUCAGAAUACGCCAGAAUGGGAGGCUGCGCGGGAAGCGGUCCUCAGCCAGAUGGUAACAAGCCAAGAUAUUACUGCUACGCCCACGCCCAAGGUGACCAGAGGAGGGGUUAAGACUGGUGGAAGGAGAGGUAGAGGGGGCAGAAGGACCAAAGUCAAGAUCGAAGAACCGGACGACACUCCACCAAAGAAUCUGGAUGCUCCUGUCAGAGCCAAGAAUAAAGGUGGGAGGCCACGAGGCAGCAGGGCAGGUGGAACCCCAAGAGGCGGUAGAGGAGGAACGCCAGGAAGUGGUAGAGGUGGCGCAACACCCGGGAGUGUUAGGGCAGGUGUCAACAAAGGGGGCCGGCCUCGAGGCAGUAGAGCCGGACACAGUGCAGCAGCGCUGGCUGGCCGGUUGAUUGGUCGGGGUAUCAAGAGAAAGAGGAAGAAGGGCGAUGACGACGACGACGAUGAAAAGGAUGAUACAGAUGCGUCUGAAGAAUUUACACCAAUCGCUGCAACGAGUUCCGGUCGCCGUAUUAAUCAAGUAAAGACGUUCUCUCCUGUGGUCCUCGAUCCGGUGAAAGGCCUAAGUAACAAGACCCCUCAAAGUGCUGCGCGUGCUCCUGUGCCCGAGCCCCCAUCGACUGCAAGGAAAACGAAAAAGAGAAGGAAACCCGGUGAAGCUGCAGUCUGUAUCAAUUGCGGCCGUGGUCACUCGCCUAAUUCUAACAUGAUCGUUUUCUGUGAUGGCUGCAGUACGCCAUGGCAUCAGUACUGCCACGAUCGGCCCAUCACACCCUCAUUCAUCCAGAUUGAGGAAAAGGAGUGGAAUUGCGCAGAAUGUACUGUUGUGCAAGAGGAGAAGAUGCACCUGACUGGCAAAGUUAGCGCAGGCAGAAUGUCCUUAUCGGAGAAGAGAACCUAUCUGCAAAAUUUGGAAAAGGCAGAGCUUGUAAGCUUGCUGCUGCAUGCAAGUACUCUUCAUGAAGAUCUGCCUGUCUUUGGUCCACCACCUCCACCGCCUCCAGUGCAAGUGCUUGAGCCCACGGCAGAUGAAGAAGAGCUCUAUGUCUACGUUGAACCGGAUCCACUGCCUUACCCUAAGGCUGGCAAUGGCUUACUACUACCGCCGGAGGAUGAUGAUCUUGACAUACUGAUUGAUGAGGACAUUGUGACAUACAGUCACCUAUGGAAGGGACCUGCUGGUUGGGAGGGGCCUAAUGGGAUGCGCUGGCCUUUCCCGCCAAACGGCAUAGGGGCGAGAGGGGUCAUGGGAGCUCCCAUCCAUCAGAUCGGCGUUGGAGCUUGA